AUUACCGUCAUAUGUUUAUAAUGUUUUGAUAGAACGUGUCUGUGUCCUAUUUGCGUGUAUAUACUAAUAGGUUGCUAGGUUCUACUUUGUUGGUCUUCAAGAUGUUUUUGAAUCUCUCUGUAGCAAUUAAAUUUUUUCUCAUUUUAAUUUCAGUCGUUCCGAACAUUCAUUGUUAUUUUGUUAAUGUUGAUGCCCAUGCUGAAGAAUGUUUUUUUGACAAAGUUACAGCCGGUACUAAAAUGGGUUUAACAUUCGAAGUAGCAGAAGGUGGUUUUCUUGACAUUGAUGUUAAAAUUGUUGGACCAGAUGGUAAAAUUAUCUACCAAGGGGAGCGAGAAUCCAAUGGGAAAUAUACAUAUGCUGCCCAUGCUGAUGGUAUCUAUACUUACUGUUUUAGCAAUGCUAUGUCUACAAUGACACCAAAAAUUGUCAUGUUUUCUAUGGAUGUUGGUGAAGCACCAAAAGGACAUGAUGCAGAAACUGAAGCCCACCAAAAUAAACUUGAGGAAAUGAUUAAAGAGUUGUCUACGUCUUUGACAUCUGUGAAGCAUGAACAAGAGUACAUGGCUGUAAGAGACCGCAUUCACCGUGGAAUUAAUGAAAGCACAAACUCUCGUGUUGUGUUAUGGGCAUUUUUCGAAGCAAUUGUUCUUAUCACUAUGACUUUGGGACAAGUUUAUUACUUGAAGAGGUUCUUUGAAGUUCGAAGAGUUGUCUAAAUUUUGUUACUUUUUGUUUAAAACUCUUUAUUCAAUACACAAGUCCAUUGUAUAAUAACACUGUUACAAAAGAAAAAAAAACUAUUGUUACAUAUUUUUUUUUUUUCAAAUAUAUUCAAAAAUUUUAUAUUGCAAUAGCUAUAAAUUUUAAUGUUUUGAAACCUUACUAAUCUUAUGAAAUUCAUUGGAUUUUCUGUAGAAUAUAUUUCUAUGCAGUCAUUUGUUUAUAAAUUUAGUUUAUAAUAGAAUAUCUUCUUUAAAAAAAUGAUGAGGGUGAACUUUGUUAAUUAUUCUAAUCUUUUUGAAAUCUUGUAAAAUUAAAUUUUAUAUCAUUUCUAAAUGUUUUUGAAAAAUAUUUAUCAUAUUGAAUAAAUAACUAUAAUUUUACAGAAAUGUGGUAGCUAACAUAUGUUUAAUGUACAUAUAAUAUUAAGUAAUUUUUUUCUGUUUUUUUUUUUUAAAUUUAUAUUUGCAAAUUUUCAAAAAUGAUGCCAUUAUAAUGAAUCUUAGUAUUAAUUAGCACUUGUUUUCAUAUGCUUUUGAAAAAUGUUCUGUGAUAUUUUGUUAAAAAGUACAUGCAUACCUUUUUCGAGGAUUGCAUGAAAUUUAUUGAAGCUGAAUCUGGAUACUUAAUCAAUUAUAUGUUCUUAAAUUCUUAAUUAAGAACAUAUGUUAAUUCUUUGCUUAGAUGGCAAAAUGUUAUGCAUAAACUUUUUAAAUUUGAAAAAAAAAAUUAUUUUUAAAAUAAAAAAAUAUGAAAACUAAAAUUAAAAAUCACAGUGACAUUUUAUUUUUCAUUGCAUUUUAAAAUGGAAAAUGUCAUUAAAUUGUACAUGAUCAUUCACUUUUAUUAGUAAUAAGUGUGGCAUUUCAUCACCUUCUAAACAUUAACAAAUAAAAAUUUCUUUUAUUUUAAUCAUUUAUAACAUUUGCCACCUGAACACAGAACUUUUCUAUUUCUUUUUGUGUGUGUGUGUGCUAAAUUGUAUUAAGUGAAGCUCAUUUGUCCAUCAUUUAAUUUCUUGGUUAAAAAAAGUUCUGCAACUUUUUAUAAUAAAUGAAUUUAUAAACUAUAUAAAUAUUUAUAAAUAAAUAUACAUAUGUUUUAAUUAACAUUUGGCUAUUAAUGAAACAAAUUAUUUUUAUUGGCAUGUGGCAAAAGCAAUAAAUAUUUAAAAGCAUCUAAUUAUAAUUGCCAAUUCUACUUUAGAAUUUUGAUGCACUUCUGAAAUACAAUAAUAUUCUAUUUUGUUAUGUUGACUGACAUAGAAUCAUGCUUAUUUUUUUUUUUAAUAAAACAGUUUUAAUUAUUUAAAAAUACAGUCAUUUAAGUGUUAAAUCAUUAUAUUCAACACCUUAAUAACUGUAUUUUUAAAUAAGGUUAGAAAAUGAAAAUUUUCUCUUUAUGAAUAAAAAGAUUGUUUAUCCCAUUAUACAUGGUUUUAAACAUAUAUUUAGAAUUUUGCAUUAUUAGAAGGCUUUUUU